GUGUGCCAGUCACUCACUGCAUCGGGUCCAUCUGCACGACUCGCGCUCCCGCUCGCCUCGCCCGCCGCCUCCCCGGCUCCCUCGCCCGCCGCCGCCGCCGCCCGCGCCCCGAGCAGCCCGGACAGCAGCCCCGCGCCCGCCCGGCCAUGGAGCGGCCCUGAUGCAAUAGGCACCGGGGCGAGCGGAGGCAGCAGCCCGUCUUUGUGCCACUUGUCGGGGCGAGGACUGUAUUCCCCCUCUCCCUGGGAUGGAGGACGCCGGCGUCCAGAGGGGGAUAUGGGAUGGAGACGCCAAGACCGUCCAGCAGUGCUUGACUGACAUUUUCACCAGCGUUUACACCACCUGCGACAUUCCGGAAAAUGCCAUUUUCGGCCCCUGCGUCCUGAGCCACACGUCCUUGUACGACAGCAUAGCCUUCAUCGCGCUGAAGUCCACCGACAAGCGCACCGUCCCCUACAUAUUCCGGGUGGACACGUCGGCGGCGAACGGCUCGUCGGAGGGGCUGAUGUGGCUGCGGCUGGUGCAGUCGGCGCGGGAGCGGGAGGAGCAGAACCUGGAGGCCUACAUCAAGAGCGGGCAGCUCUUCUACCGCUCGCUGCGGCGCAUCGCCAAGGACGAGGAGCUGCUGGUGUGGUACGGCAAGGAGCUCACGGAGCUGCUGCUGCUCAGCCCCGCCCGGGCCCCCGCCCGCAGCAACGGCUCGCCGCCCUACGCGUGCCCCGAGUGCAGCCAGCGCUUCCAGUUCGAGCUGCCCUUCGCCGCCCACCUGCGCUUCCGCUGCCCCAAGCGGCUCCACGGCGCCGACACCGGCCCCGCCGCCGCCGCCGAGGCCCCCGGCGGCAAGGACGGCGCCGCCAAGGAGCAGGAGGCCGGCAAGUACUGCAAGCCCGGCGCGCCGCUGCCCCACCACUUCCCCGCCGACGGCAGCGCCGGCGCCGCCGCCGCCACCAAGCCCUCCACGGACUUCCACAACCUGGCGCGGGAGCUGGAGAACUCCCGCGGCGGCGGCUGCGGCUCCGGCGGCGCCUCCCCGGGGCGGCCGGCUCCCCCCGACGGCGGCGGCGAGGCGGCGGCGGGCAAGGCCAAGCGGCGCUACGCCGAGGAGGAGGAGGAGCGCGGCCCCGGCGGCGCGGCGCGGGGCCGCUUCGCGGCGGAGCGGCCGGGGCUGCCGUCGGCGCCGCGGGAGGAGCUGGUGUGCACGCCGCAGCAGCAGUACCGCGCGGCCGGCUCCUACUGCGGCCUGGAGGAGGGCGGCCGCCUCUUCGCGCCGCCCAGCCCGGAGACGGGCGAGGCCAAGCGCAGCGCCUUCGUGGAGGUGAAGAAAGCCUCCCGCGGGCCCGAGCCCGACGGCGCCGCCGAGGACAGCAAGGAGCGCGCCUCGCCCGCCGCGGCCCCGGCCCCGGCCCCGGCCCCGGCCCCGGCCGCGGCCCCGGGCGGCGGCCCCGGCCCCGGCCCCGGCGGCGGCCCGCUGGGCGCCCGCCUGGACGGCGGCAGCCCGGCGCGGGGCAGCGCCUUCACCACGGUGCCGCAGCUGAGCGGCGGCGGCGCGGAGGAGCGCAAGAGCGCCUUCUCGCAGCCCGCCCGCUCCUUCGCCCACGUCCCGCCGCUGGUGCUGGGCCAGAAGCUGGGCGGCCUGGGCGAGCCCUGCCCCGACGGCGCCGCCGCCCCCGGCCGCCUCUACGCCGCCGAGGCGCUGGCCGUGAAGCUGCCGGGCGGCGGCGAGGCGGCGGGCGGCGGCGGCGGCGGGGGCGGCGGCGGCGGGGGGCUGCCCAAGCAGAGCCCCUUCCUCUACGCCACCGCCUUCUGGCCCAAGAGCUCGGCGGCGGCGGCGGUGGCGGCGGCGGCGGCGGGGCCGCUGCAGCUGCAGCUGCCGUCGGCGCUGACGCUGCUGCCGCCGUCCUUCACGUCGCUGUGCCUGCCGGCGCAGAACUGGUGCGCCAAGUGCAACGCCUCCUUCCGCAUGACCUCGGACCUCGUGUACCACAUGCGCUCGCACCACAAGAAGGAGUACGCCCUGGAGCCGCUGGUGAAGCGGCGCCGCGAGGAGAAGCUCAAGUGCCCCAUCUGCAACGAGUCCUUCCGCGAGCGCCACCACCUCUCCCGCCACAUGACCUCGCACAACUAGGGCCGCCCCGCGCCGGCCCUCCCUGCGGCCCCCCGGCCCUGCACGCGGUCUCCCUUCGCGGGGGGCGGGAGGGAAGGAGCGAACGGAGGCAGAGCAAGCCGCCGAAAAGCCACCGCCGGCGAGAAGAGGAGGAAACCCAAGUAAAUGACUUAAAAGAUACAUUUUUUGAAAUGUCAUAUAUUGCAACAUAUUGAUGCAUUUGUCAUACGUUUCUACUUAAAUUAUUAAGCACUUAUGGUUUAGAUGUAAUAAUGAUUAUAUGUAAGGGUAAAUUUUUAUUUUAGAUAUAAAGUUAAAAGCGUCGCGGGCUGCGCUGGCUGACGGCGCCUUGGCUUCUUCGCUCGGGAAAGCGGGAGCGGCCCCCGCCGAGGGUCCCCGGCCGCCGCCCGGGACGUGCAUGCACCGGGAGCGGGCCGGCCGCCGCGGCCGCCUGCCACCCAGCCUGUAAACACCGAUCUCCUUUUAAUACCAAGUGUCAUUUCGUGCCCGUGAGAUGGAGUCUGAAUAGUUACGUGUUACCUCUCCUUUUUUUUUUUUUUUCCUCCCUCCCCUCGAAAAGAUUUAUUAAACUUUAUAGUUUAUCUGGGUAUGUUGGAUGCUUUGACAAUAAAUGACUUUAUUUUCUUCAAA